AGUCGAGUCUUUGCUUUAGAAUCUAACGCAACGCUUUUUUUAAGUCUACCGUGAUGAAACGGUCUAGAUUAUCGUUGGUCCGUUGAUUUUCGUAUUUGAUCGACGGAAGGACUCGGUUAAUUACACCCUGUCACGUUUACGACGCGUCGAAGAUUGUAAUUAGCGGUGGAUGCACGACGAUCGAUGUGCCAGUUCAGCCGCUUUCAUAAUUACUGCCUAGCUAUGCAGAGAGGAGUUGGAUAAUCAACAGGGAGCCCGUUGCUUGGGUUGAUCGUCGAUUCGACACGUGACAGCAGGCCAUCGGAUUUCCCACGAUUAUCACUGAUAAAUCGAUUUUUCCUCACCUACUGCGGAAAUACUCGUGUUCAUCGCGUUGCUUUGCUAAUAAUCGUUUCUGGAAAUGUACCAAUGCUCGUGAAAACGGAUGCAGCGUAGAGAGCGACAGAAAGCAUCUUGCUGUGCCCAAGAGGACAGGAAGUUCCGAUUUGCGUCGAUUCCUCCGCGGUAAACCGAGUCGACUCGAACCGAACGGAGUCGAGCUGCGAAACUCGCCAGUUGUCCACGCCAGUUCACUUUUGUUCGCCAUUGUGAUCAUCAACACACCACGAGUAUUUUCCUCGAGAUUUCUUUUUGUCGUUCGCCAGUGAGAUAUUGUCGUUCGGACCAUGUACGCGGAUAGAGGAGUUAAUGAAAGGACGUCGCUUACGAGACCUCUGGAUUCCCCGGACUACGUGGAAUUUGCGAGCCUGCUGAGGACCCGGAAGACUCGAAUCAGACAGUUUCAGUGCUGCAUCUGCGCCGCUGUAAUAGCGAUCUUCACUAUGGCCCUUAUAGUGACAGUAAGCUACUCCGUGAGCCACGAUAUGAUAGACGUCGGUCCAAACUUCACCACUUCUUCCUCCGAGUCUACCAUGAAUCUCACAAGCAAUUUAAAAUUGGGCAUUGCUCCUGGAUCUGGGUCCUACACCCUCUUCAGCAAUCCUUCCAUCGUCCCAUCUUCUAAUUCUAUCUUUGUGUCUGACAAAAACACAAAAGAUACUGCUACGCCAAAAUUAACAGACGAUGAGAUAAAGAUAGGGCUGGAAGCAAGUCGCCAAGCAGUAAAUGAGCGACUUUUUGCAGACGUUACUGCGUUGAUGUCUCCAUUACCUUCACCAUCGCCUGAAAUGAGGCAUCGUUACGCAGUAAGCACUUGCACGAGUGUUGGAACACUAGCUUUAGCGGCUGUAGCAGAACUUGCAGCGACUAAAAGAAUCGAAAGUUCAAGGACAAUCUUUGGAGCAUCCUCUGCUAUUGGAAGCUUCUUCGACGCAGGCUGGCAGUUUCUGGGUAUUUGCAAGCAAUUCACCACCCCAGAAUGUCCAUCUAGUAAAUAUAGAACCUUCGAUGGAAGUUGCAAUAGACCAAUGCAAUGGGGAGCCACCAUGACACCAUUCAGAAGAGUUCUAGCGCCUAACUAUGCCGAUGGUGUCGAAGCUCCUCGCAGAGCAGCUACAGGAGCCGAGUUACCCUCAGCAAGGGAAGUUAGUUUGAAGGUUCACAAGCCUUCACCAAGUAGCAAUCCUCAUUUCACAGUGAUGUUAGCUGUUUAUGGACAAUUUUUGGAUCAUGAUAUCACCGCUACUGCGAUUAGUCAGGGUAUCAAUGGUACUUCUAUUUCUUGUUGUCCACCAUCUGUUGGUCAUCCUGAGUGUUUUCCUGUUCCUGUAUCUUCUGGAGAUCCUGUUUUCGAUGUAGCUGGGAGAACGUGUAUGGAUUUCGUCAGAUCUGCACCCGCACCCCAGUGCAAACUGGGCCCCAGGCAACAGUUGAAUCAGGCGACUGCGUUUAUUGAUGGCUCUGCAAUCUAUGGAUCUGAUCAGGAUACAGCUCGUAAGUUGCGAGAAUUUUCUGGCGGUCGUCUGAGGAUGCAGUUGACUCCGGACAAUCGAACUCUCUUACCACCUAGCAUGAAUCCUAACGACGGCUGUAAUCGUGAAACUGAGAAGUUGAGGGGCAGGUACUGCUUCGCAGCAGGCGACGCCAGGGCAAACGAGAACCUGCACUUGACGACGAUGCAUCUGCUCUGGGCGCGACAGCACAAUAGAAUCACCGAGCAGUUGGCUAAGGUCAACCCUUCUUGGAAUGACGAAACGCUAUACGAAGAGUCUCGACGUAUAGUGGGUGCUCAACUGCAACAUAUUACCUAUCAGGAAUUCAUACCUAUUAUCUUAGGAGAGCAAGAAACGAAUCUACGUGAUUUGAAGCCUCUCAGGUCCGGCUAUAGACAGUGGACCGUAGAUGACUCUAAUACUGACCCAAGUAUAGCCAAUAGUUUUGCAGCAGCUGCCUUUAGGUUUGCUCAUACUUUGUUACCUGGCUUAAUGAAAAUGACUGACGAGCAAGAAGGAACCUCCUCUUAUGUAGAACUGCACAGAAUGUUGUUCAAUCCAUAUAGUUUGUACGCAGAGGGUGGAGUGAAGAGUUCAGUCAUCUCAGCUACGAGAAAUAUGAUUCAGAUGUCAUCUACCCAUGUCACUUCUCAAUUGACCAAUCACUUGUUCGAAGAUCCUAUUGCUAAUGUUACUGUUCCCUGUGGCUUGGAUUUGGUAUCGUUGAAUAUUCAGCGUGGGAGAGAUCAUGGACUUCCUGGUUACAUUAAAUGGAGGGAAUAUUGUGGAUUGGGGAAAAUAAAAAGUUUCUCUGAUUUGGAAGGACACCUGGAUCCGCAGGCCCUUCAAGACAUUUCCUCAUUGUAUGGGUCGAUUUAUGAUAUUGAUUUAUAUACUGGAGCUUUGGCUGAAUUACCUAGGGCUGGUGGUAUCGUUGGUCCCACUUUUACGUGUCUGAUCGCUGAUCAAUUUGUUAGGUUGCAGAAAGGGGAUAGGUUUUGGUAUGAAAUGCCUGGACAACCGCAUUCAUUCACAGAAGACCAGCUUACAGAAUUACGUAAAACCUCAUUGGCGAGGUUGAUCUGUGACUGUUCCGACGGUGUAAUACAAACUCAGAUGGAAGUGAUGCGAGCAAUAAGUGCAGAGAACCCCAUGAUGUCCUGUGAAGACAUCCCAGGGCCAUCCUUUGAACCAUGGAGGGAAUACAACUCAACAUCCCCCAAAUUACAAGUUCCUUUCAUGCCAGUCAAUUGGACGCUAUUAAAGAACAAUAUUAAUGACACAAUCAGAGAUAUCGUGACCUAUAUCAACAGUUCUAGGACUAUGAUGGACACUGACUGGUUAGCCUUCAAGAAUUACAUAAACGAUACAUUCUUUGAUCUUCAAAACCAAUUAUCUGGUUUGCAUCCCCUGGAGGUAGAUGAUUCUACGUCCAUGGAAAAAUUAUCAAUGGAUUCUGAUAGUUUUAUUUUAAGAGCACCACGAUCACCAAAUAUGUAUCAAGAUUGGAUCACAUUUAAAAAUAACCUGGUAAUGUCAUUGAAUGAUUCUAUACAGACGAUGGGCGGUGGACCAGCUGCAGUGACCAAAUGGAUAGCUUUUAAACAGAAUGUUAUCGAUCAAUUCGCUGAUUUAAAGAACCGGAUCUCGUCUUUGAAGGCAGAUAUUACUCCGGAAUUAGAGACGAAGAAGAAAGAGCAAGAACAAGCUUUGAUGAAUAAGAAUAAAUUAAUAGGGACUUCGAGUAUCAAGAAGAUUUCAGCAAUUUUUGAUUGGAAAAACUUUAAGGAUAAUAUUAUAUCCUCUUUAGAUGAUAGUAUUAUGAAUAUAGGCGACAAUAUGCCCGCCCCUAGUGAUCCAGCUUGGGCUACUUUAGGAGAUGAUAUUAAAGACCGACUUUCUGCUUUUAGGGACAAGAUCGAUAGUCGGAGAUCUACUACAGUUCCUACUGAAUUAGCCAUGGGGAAAUCAGAUACUAAUGACGAUUGGAUAAAUAAUAAACUUGAUAUAAUUAAGACUGUAAACGAUGCUGUGAAUAAGAUUAAGAACGAAAUGCCACCACCAGCUGAUCCAGCAUGGGCUAUGUAUAGGGAUGAGAUUAUGAAAAGUUUCUCUGCUUUCGAGAGCACUCCAGCACGUAUAGAACUCGCAACAUUAUCCACCAUAAAUAAAAUUUCUCAACGUGAAUAUCUAGGAACUUCUUCAGCAGACAAAUUUGGUUAUAUGGAAUUAUCUAAUUUGACUGACGAUUGGUUACAAUUCAGAGCUCAAGUCAACGAUUCCUUAAGUAAAAUGAUCCAGGACAUUCAGAGCAAGGAACCAACAGAGAUUGAUCCUAUUGCUUGGGCUGUUUUCAAAGAUUCAACUAAGUCUGAUUUCGCAAAGUUAAAAAAUGAAAUUGGAAGUAUGAAGACUGAAUGGAUUGCAGAAAUAAGCAAAUUACAACCAAAUAAAAAUUUUUCGAAUCUCCAAGCUAAGUUUAACAAAUCUGAAGACUCGUCUAGGUCUGAUUAUAUUAAAUUUAUUAAACCAGUCAUUCCUCCUGAUGAAUGGGUCGACUUUAAGAAACAAAUUAACAAUACUGUGAUGAAUAUUCUUAAUACUGCGAAUACAACAGAUAGAUGUAACUUUGAUGACCUCCACGAAAUGUUCAACGAAUCUUUCACCGAUCUGAAGAACGAAAUAUCAGCUCUGAGGAGUUUGGUCAAGGAUACUUAUAAUAACAAAACCGCAGCUGAUUGGAUUAGCUUCCAAAUGAAGUUGAAUUUUACAGUGAAGGAUCUAGUGGAUAGUUUAAAGAAAGAAGCUCAGCUACAAACAGGGAAUGUGACGAGGAUUUUGUUCGAAGCUAAAGACAAGUUGUCUGAUCUUGAACCACCAGUGAAUUCAGGCUUGACUCCGCCCACAAAAUGGAUUCAAUACGCUUUACGAAUAAAUAAAACAAUUUCAGAUGCUUUAGAAGGCAUCGACAGCCAGAAACACGCAGCACUGAUGAUUAGUGCCGCUAAACCAGAAUCAUCAUCAUCAGAUAAUCCUAAAAAUCUUACGAAUUGGUUGAUUGUUCCUUGUCUUGCGAGUUCGCUCCAUGUGUUCACUGUGGUAUCAAGGCUUCAAAUUCGCAUGUAAAGAAAUUACUACUAUUUUUUAUUAUGCUUGUUGUAUAUAUUCUAUUAUUUAUAGAAAUUAACUUUUAUUACACACUAACAAAGAGAUAAGUAUAGGAGGAAGGAAUCAAAAGGAAAGUGAGAGUGUCAUUGGAACUGACGUACCUUUUCAAUGAUCGCGCUUGAAACAUUAAUCCCAAUUAAUUAACAACAACAACAAUGAUAAUAAUAAUUAAUAUGAAUCUACGUGGCGAGACUUAAUAACAGGGCAGUGCCUCUUUUUACCCAGAAGUCCGAUCCUCCUGGACCUGCGUUUAAAUCGACCGCUACUACGAACGAUGGUCUUCCUUGAUCCCCGCUUCUUUGGGGGUAAUAAUAACAGGGACAUGUGUAGAGUCCUGUGCAGAGAAAUCGAAAGAAAGUAUGUAAUUACUUGAAUUAAUUAGAAAAUCGUAAUUUCAAACGAAAAUUCUUUUCAUCAAUGUGGCGAACAAUUUUUUUUCGAAUAAUUUUUAUAUCGUUGUCGUCGUUGUUACCUCUGGUUCUCUUUUUAAGCUCUUCCGCGGGUCGGAAGUGAAUCACCGGCAUGUUGCAAACAAGUUGCAUAGGGGACGGUUCGACGAGGACACUGUUCCUCUUGUCCCAGCCAGCGCCUUCCAGAAAGAUAGAGCGUAUGUACACGCCGUCCUGUAAUGGAAUGUACACACGGUUAGAAGCAUGCACACACGCCGCCACUUUCCUAGCUAUAUCACUACGAUGAAUUUUUUAUCCCAUCUAUUUUUCCGCGGACAGGGAAUCGAUAGAGACGUUCCAGAGCCUGGCGGAUGUCUGCAAUACAGCGGUAAGGAAGCCGGUUGGGAACGUGAAUGCGGCCAGCCAGAACAGCAGCGGCGGAUGAGUAGUUCGAGCCCAUUCAUUGAAGUGUUCCACCCUGCUGACUAAAUCCCUUGUCCAAGCACCCAACAGUUUCAACGACGGAUAUGUUGUCAGCCAAAUCGAAGGGACGCGACCUUCGUGUACACAGUGGCAAUGGGCGCCUGUCCUUGACCCAGAGACAGAGUCAUAAAGUGGUUAGUCAUUUCCUGGCUGUCGACUAGUUGCAUCAGGGUGCUCGUAGGAUCCACGCCGGGCGAGAGGACGAAUAUAAGCGGAGUCUGUGCUACGGAAUCGUCGAGCACUGCCUUCAGGUCGAGUACCGGUGGCUCGACGAACCUUUGACCGAGAUUUAGCACGAUGAAGUUCGCGAUACAGAAGGAAAUUCUGUCAGGACGGCAGCUACGUAUUACUAGCAUCUUCUGAAACACGUUGCAAUUCGUCUCCCACUCUGCUACUAGGGGAAACGCACCAAUUAUGCCAAUCUCGUGGGAACUGUUCAAACGAAGAAACAAUUCCAUGAAAUCCAGCCAGCUUAUCGAGUUCUGUGAUAUUAUCCCAAGUUUCAUCGGGCAACCAGCCAAUCGGCUUAUCUGGCUGAUUCUCUCUGUCCAGAACGAUUCCACCACGCAGCAAGAACGCAUACUCGUUAGGAAUCACCUUAUCUUGUGCGUCCAAGAUCUUCAUACACAUGUUAAAGGAAAAGAGUAAUUUGUGUUGUUCGAAGAGACCUCGACACGUGUUCCUGAUUCAACGAGAGUUGUCUUUGAGUGGUAAUAGCGCAAUAUAAAAUCAACAUUUUUAUACCUAAAUUUAUUUCAUCGUUUUGAUUUUUGCGAUCGAGCCUAUGAACGUUACUCACAUAUUUCGUGACAUUCUGUAUAGGGCUAUACGUACUUGUACAAUGCAUAAGUGUGAUAUUCGUUUAGAUUCUCGAUUCUUUCAGGGAGCUUUAUACUUUUCGCACUCUUGUCGAUCGACAGCAUAAACAAGGUAAUAUAUGCGUCCAAGGCGAAUUGGUACAUCGGAUCAAUAAAACUCAUGUCGUUCAAGACGAAGAAGAGGAUCGCGGCACGAUGUGCACAGGACCUGUAUUCUUCUCUGGCAAGGUCUAUCUCCUUCUCUGUUUGUUCAGACACUACCAACGAUUCCUCGAUAGAGGUCGAGGUCGCCUUUGACGAUUGCAACGUGCUCAGUAAAUCCAGGUCGUCCAGUAGAGUGUCUCCGGCCACGUUCAGUAGACUAGGAAGGGAUCAAAAGAAGCAAAGGAUAUCUUACUGGAGUAUUUUGUCUUCGAGUUCUUUGAGAGUUCGUUUAUUGGACGAGAUCGUGAAGACCAGAUUGUCCUUCUGUUCUUCGAGCUGCGGCUUCUCUUUUCUGACCACGAUUCCCAAGAGCUGGUCUUCCAGUCCUGCGCACAGGAUAAUAAGGUUCUAGACUUUGUCUCCUCUGGCUACCUCUUUCUCUACCGCCCUCUCGAUCUAGUUCGCUUCCCGUUCAUCCUUCUCUCUGUGUCCAUCUUUUUCGCUCUCUAUUAUCUACCCUUUUCCAACUGACGCACGAUAAGACAAUUAGUUACCCUGUUCCUUAAUGGCGAAGUUGCAUAACGUCGUUUUAGUGGAUAUCUCCGGGGCGUAAUGGGGGUUCGCGAGUUUCGUCGUGAUGAAGAGCCGGAACUUGUCGUGGUAGCUGAUCAUCUUUUCGUUGAACUUGAUCAUCAUCUGGUUCUCUGUACAGUCAGAGAA